GUUAUUUUUCAAAGAUAAAAAGGAAGUCAAGGUCCAAAGUUCGAUGUGUACCUAACCAUUUAGCCUGGUGCUUGCUCGAUAAAAUAAAUGUUACACGGUAGUUUCAUUACGGAAACUUUUCUAUUCCGAUGUUUGGCUCCCGGUUUUCACUUAAGGAAUUUAUUCCAGGAUUUCACAAUGUUUUCCAAAGACAACUGCUCUCAACUCAGCAUCUCAAAACGGAUAAGGUCCUGGUGGUAUCCAAGUUGUCCAGGUUCGAAUUUGAAAAGAAAAAAGCCAAAACCUUGACUGAAUCUAAGCUAAUCGACAAAUUAAGGCAAAGAGGUACAGAUAUAGAAAAAAUGAUCAGACACCAUGAUCUGCAUAAAAAGUUUGAAGAAAAUGUUGUUAAUACUUUUAGCAACUUGGGGAUCAGUGUCAAAGUGGUUAACAGAUAUGAUUAUACAGCUGAUGAUGUGGUGAAAUCCGAUAUUAUAAUACCUAUUGGAGGAGACGGAACAUUUUUAUUGGCUGCUAGUAUGGUUAAUAAUAAUGAAAAACCUGUGAUAGGUUUAAAUUCCGAUCCUAAUCGGUCCGAGGGAUAUUUGUGCCUACCUAAGAAAUAUUCAACUAAUAUUAGGGAGGUCAUUGAAAGGCUACAUAAUGGUAAUUUUAAAUGGCUGAUGAGGAGUAGGAUCAGAACAACCCUUUUAGUAAGUGGGAAAGAUAACUUUGUUCCAAAAUAUAUGCAUGACAAUGAUUUUGAGAUGUUCCCCAAAAAAAGUGCAGCUGGCACUUCUAGUAUAGAUGGAGCAAAGGUUUUGCCAUUUUUAGCUUUAAAUGAGGUUUUUAUGGGAGAAACUUGCUCGGCGAGAGUGUCUCACCUGCAGAUGCGUCUAAAUGGAUCAACAGAAAAUACAAAUUUAAAGUGUUCUGGGGUGUGUGUUUGCACAGGAACUGGCAGUACAUCGUGGCAUUUGAGCAUUAAUAGAUUGCCAGUGCAAAAUGUGGCAGAGUUAUUAAGGCUGAUUGAUAUAGAAGCUACAGAGGGAAAGGACAGUUUGGCAACUGUCUUGGGAGAUAUUUAUAACAAAAAUCUAAUCUUUGACCCUGCUGAUAAACGUAUGGCGUACACGAUAAGAGAACUAAUUUCGGCAUCGGUGUGGCCCGAUCCAAAAGGCAUAAAAUCUCGAGGUUUCGCACAAAAAAUCGAAAUAAAAUCUAAUUGUUUCGAUGCCUCAUUGGUCAUAGACGGAGGAGUAUCAUUUUCUUUUAACGAUGGCACAACCGCUUUAUUAGAAAUCCGCCCGGAGGAUGCAUUAAGAACUGUAAUUUUUAAGGAUUAAAUCGUAGGUUAAGUCGUAUUUUUUAUUGUAAUUAGAUAAGUCUAAUGAAAGAUUAUAUAUUUAAUAAAACUGAUUAUUUUAA